UUCUACAAUUCAACCCUAAUGUUGGACCAAAUCUUCCAUGUUAUAUAAGCCAGUUGAAAGGCGAUUCGAAUUUAAUAAUCGGACUUGGGAUACCACCUUAUGGAAUACUUAUAAAGAACACAUGUGCAUAUAACUUUGCUGAGUUGAAUUCCAUUGUUGAUUUUUACUACGUUGAAUCAAGGAGAAUAAAUCCAUGUUUACCUGACGUAUUCAACGGCGUAGUCCCCGUUGGAAAAACCGAACACGGCACAAAUUAUUAUUUGGGACUGGAAGAAAUCAGUGAAAUCCUUUCAGAAACACAAAUAGAUAAGAAAAAACUCGUAUACGUUCUUCAAUUCGGUCCCUAUGAAAAAGAUGUCCCAAAAAUGAAAUCGUAUCAUCAUGUGUGUACAAAUCAAUAUAAUUGCUCCACGUGGUGUAUUGAAAAUACAAAGAAUUUUUUUUCGAAGGGCGUUUUUGUGCGUAAACAAAAUGCCGGAUGUAGUAUCGCAUAUUUUGAGCUUGAUGACAUACAGAAUGAAUGUGGAUGUGGUGCUUUUAUCGGAGUGAAAAACAUUGUGGCAGGUUACCGUGGAGGGGAAAUGCAACCAUGCGCAAAAUUUGACGUCAAAAGUUCGACACUGAUAUAAACCAAGCCUUAUCAUUUUUAAUUAUGUUUUAAAUUUUCAUCAUCAUGAACGCACUUUAUAUAUUUAUUUAUGUCAUUGAAAUAAUAUUUAUCAAAAUAUACAGAAAUAUUUCUUAACGGUUCGUGUUGUAUCAAAUCAAUAUGACAAAUUUUUAC